AUGGCUCCAAAGAAAGUAGAACCCAAGAAGACAGAGGUGAAGAAGCCAGAGGCGAAGAAGGAGGAGGCUCCUGCUCCUGCCAAACCUGCAGAGCCUGAACCCAAACCUCCUGAGGUGGACCUGAAAAGCAUUGUGGUGGAGUUCAGCCCGGAUCAGAUCGAGGAGUUCAGAGACGCCUUCACUCUGUUUGACGAGACACCCACAGGGGAGAUGAAGAUCACCUUCGCUCAGUGUGGAGACGUCAUGAGAGCACUGGGACACAACCCCACCAAUGAUGAGGUUCUGAAGCUGCUGGGGAGGCCCAAAGCCGAGGAGAUGCAUGUCAACCUGCUGGACUUCGACAGCUUCUUGCCAAUGCUACAGCAUGUGGCUCGAUCUAAAGAGCAGGGCACCUUCGAGGACUUCGUUGAGGGUCUGAGGGUGUUCGACAAGGAGGGCAAUGGCACGGUGAUGGGUGCCGAGCUCCGUCAUGUCCUCUCCACGCUGGGGGAGAAGAUGACAGAGAAUGAGGUGGACCGGCUCAUGGUGGGACAGGAGGACGCCAACGGACACAUCAACUACACUGAGUUUGUUAAACACAUCCUGGCUGGGUAG